AUGAAGCUCUCCAUGCGUUUGAUCUCAGCUGUUCUCCUCUUGUUCAUGAUAUUCGUCGCCACAGGGAUGGGUCCAGUCACAGUGGAGGCACGUACGUGUGAGUCAAAGAGCCAUAGGUUCAAGGGUUUAUGCCUCAGCGAAACAAACUGCAAGAACGUGUGCCACAACGAAGGAUUCGGCGGAGGAGUAUUUUACGUUUACGAAGCUACUCACGCUAAUGCCGAGAUAUUUGAUCAACUCGGGUAG